AUGGUCACCGUCAGCGGCAAGGACAAGGGCCGCCUGGGCCGGGCGGACUACGUCCGCGUUGGCGCCGACGGCCGGCCGGUCGAAGCCGACGCGCCGCCUUCGUCCGCCGAGACCAUGCUGCACGUGGUGCUGGCGCAGCAGCCGGGCGUCGGGGCGGUGCUGCACACCCACUCGCCCGCCGCGACGCUGCUGUCGGACCGCUUCGCGCGUGACGGCGCGCUGCGGCUCUCGGGCUACGAGAUGCUCAAGGGCCUCGCCGCGCACGGCACCCACGAGGCGACCGAGCUCUGCCCGAUCUUCGAGAACACCCAGGACAUCCCCGCCAUGGCCGAGCAGGUCCGCGAGCGGCUCAACGACCCCGACCAGCCGCUGCGGCACGGGUUCCUGAUCCGCAAGCACGGCCUGUACGCCUGGGGCGCCGACAUCGCCGAGGCCCGCCGCCACAUCGAGGUAUUCGAGUUCUUGAUGGACUCCGACGACAACCGCCGCAUCGAAGACCCCGACGCCAUCCGCGAGUUCCUCGCCCCGUUUGGCAUCUGGUACGAGAAAUGGGACGUCGAGGGCCGCCUGGGCGACUCCCCGACCGAUGAGGAGAUCCUGGCCGAGUACCAGCCGGAGAUCGAUCGCCUGAGCGAGCGGGGCGGAUUCGUCACGGCCGACGUCAUCAACGUCAAGCCCGACACGCCGAACCUGGACGCCAUGCUUGCCAAGUUCGACAAGGAGCACACCCACAGCGAGGACGAGGUGCGCUUCACGGUCGCCGGCCGCGGCGUGUUCUGGAUCAGCCCCGACGCGUCCAUCAACAACGUCGACGGGCCGGUGUUCUCGGUCGAGGUCACCACGGGCGACCUGAUCAACGUGCCCGCCGGCACCAAGCACUGGUUCCACCUGUGCGACAACCGGCAGAUCCGCUGCAUCCGGCUGUUCCAGGACCCCAGCGGCUGGACGCCCGACUACAUCGAGAACGUUCAUGCCGAGGGCGUGCUGCUGGACGUCGAGGGCACCACGUCGUCCGUCAAGUUCGUGUACGACGUGAUGUUCCCGUUCGCCCGUCGCGAGCUGGCCGCCUACCUCCAGCAUGCCUGGGAAACCGACGCAUGCCAAGCAGCGUGCGAGCAGGUCGCCGCCGACGCGGGCCGGGCCUCGCUCGCCGCGUGGGCCGCCGGCGAGGACCGCGACCCCCGCGCGCUAGUCGAAGCCGAAGCCACCCGCCUGAUGGACGCCGACCAGAAGGCGACCGGCCUCAAGCAGUUGCAGGGCCUGAUCUGGAAGAGCGGCUUCGAGUCCGGCGAGAUGGUCGCGCACGUCUACCCCGACGUGCCGCCCGCCCUGGAGCGGUGGCGGGCCGCCGGCGCCGACCUGCGGAUCUACUCCUCCGGCAGCAUCCAGGCGCAGAAACUGUUCUUCGGCCACACCGAGCAGUGCGACCUGCUGCCGCAUUUUUCCGGCCACUACGACACCACCACCGGCCCCAAACGCGAGGCCGCCAGCUACACGGCCAUCGCCCAAGACUGGGUCCUGCCGCCCGCCUCGAUCCUGUUCCUCAGCGACAUCACCGCCGAACUUGACGCCGCCCGCGAGGCAGGCCUGCAGACGGGCCUAUUGGUCCGCCCCGACAACGCGCCGGUCGAGCCGAGCCACGGGCAUGCGGUAGUGGCUAGCUUCGCUGAGAUUGAAGUCACCGCCGCCUAG